AUGGUCAGAAACAUCGUCGUUCUUGGUGGCUCCGCCCAUCCAACUUUGACAGAGACAAUCUGCGAAGUCCUCGGCAUAGAGCAAGGCCAAGCUCUUUUCUCGAAAUUCUCUGUCGGAGAAACCCGAGUUGAGAUCGGCGAGUCUGUCAGAGGAAAAGAUGUAUAUAUCAUACAGUCGGGUGGUGGAAAAGUGAAUGACCACUUCAUCGAACUGCUCAUCGCCAUCUCGGCAUGUAAGACUGCUUCGGCUAAGAAAGUCACCGCCGUCCUUCCGCUGUUCCCCUACUCUCGACAAUCCGAUGUGCCCUACAACAAGAGCGGUGCACCUCUGGUCAAGGCCGCAAACAUGACAAACAAGCUGGUGCCAGACGGAAAUGGCUAUACCUUUGACAGUAUUCCACCAACUCCUCAUCCGGACAAACCCGAGAGUAAUGGCCUUCCCAACGGGCAUUCACUGCACAAAGCGGCCUCCAAAACAGAACUGGACAGCAAUGUGGAAAACAGCCCUACAUAUCAAGCUCGCUUCAGUCACUACCGCGAUUCAAGCUCGCAGUCAAAGACUGGACCCGAGUACUUCUUAAGCCCUCGAAAACGCGGAGACUCGAAUGCUUCCAUGACCAAUGGUGUUGCCAACCACGAUUUUGCAACAACCUCCAACAAAACCGAGAACAAGAUCGACGCGCCGGAGAACUUCAAGCCUCGCCCCGGCUAUCGACAAUGGGUUGCACAAGCCGGUACUCUCGUGGCAGAUCUUCUUACCUGCGCCGGCGCUGACCACAUCAUCACAAUGGACUUGCACGAUCCUCAGUACCAGGGCUUUUUCGACAUUCCGGUUGACAAUCUCUACGGCCGGCCAUUGCUCAAAAAAUAUAUUCAGCAGAACAUCCCUGACUACAAGAACGGUGUUGUUGUCAGUCCCGAUGCUGGCGGUGCCAAACGAGCCACUGCCAUUGCCGACGCCCUGGGUAUGGAGUUCGCGCUUAUUCACAAGGAAAGACGACCCACCAAGAUUACAGAUCGACAAAACGCUACCAUGAUGUUGGUUGGCGAUGUCACCAACAGGGUUGCCAUUCUCAUCGAUGACUUAGCAGACACCAGCAACACAAUCACUCGAGCAGCUAAGCUGCUGAAGAAGGAAGGCGCCAGCAAAGUCUACGCACUGGUCACCCACGGAGUGCUCAGCGGUGAUGCCAUCGAUAGAAUCAACGCUAGUGCUCUUGACACGGUCAUUGUCACAAAUACAGUUGAUCAACAAGAUCAUUGUAAGCGGUGUCCCAAGCUUGAAGUGCUUGAGGUUGGGCAUGUCUUUGCCGAGGCUAUUCGACGAGUUCACUAUGGCGAGAGUAUCAGUGUGCUUUUCCAGUACGACUAG